GUAUGUAAUAAAAUAUAUAGCAUUUAAAAAUAAGCACAUGUUUUCGAAAAUUUUAUUAGUUAUCUAUUUCAAAAAUGCUUGUAAAUUAUAUUUAAUGCGUGACAAUGUGUAGAUGUUAUUAUGAGUAUUAGGGACUUGUUUCUCUUUUAUAUAAUUUCUACAGUGAAGAUGAUUUGCACUUAAAUGUACAGUGUUCAUUGUGCCAAAAGCUGUCAUCAAGUAUGAAAGUGUCAGUAUUGACGUUAUCAAAGUAGUUACGUCUUUUAGGUUAUAGUUAUAUUUCAUCAUAUUUUUGCGUUAAUUCUUAAACAUUUAUGAGUUGAAUAUAUCUGUGUAUUUCUAAUUUUCUUUCAUCAAAAAAUGUCUGCAAUGACUUUAGAUUCUAUUGUAUAUCUUAGUUUUGUAGCACUUUUAUGGGGUGUAACUAAUCCAUUUAUCAAAAAAGGAGCCAAAGGAUUGGAAAAUGUGAAAGCAUCUUCUAAAUUUGGUCAAUUUUUUAAAGAGCUUGCAUUUCUUGUUACACAGUUGAAGUACAUUAUACCAUUUAUAAUCAACCAACUGGGUUCUGUACUAUAUUUUUUAACUUUGGGUAAUGCUGAUAUAUCUCUGGCUGUUCCAGUCACUAAUUCUCUUACCUUUGUAAUAACUGCAAUAACUGGCUGGUUUUUAGGCGAAGAAAAGAUACACAGAAAUAUGUACAUUGGGAUGAUAUUGAUUUUAGUUGGAACUGUUCUUUGCUGUUGGGAUAAAAUGGACAGUACAUUAUGAUCAUUUAAAUUUAGUAUCUUAGCAUUUGAAAUAUAAUUGGCAUGCAUGAUAACAAAUUUGGAUGAAAUUUAUUAUUAUUGAUUACAUAUUAACUAAAACAUAGGUAACUGAUGACAAUUAUUUUAUCAUUAGCAAUUAUGAAUUAUUUCAGUGAUUUAUUGUUAAUUAAGUGCCCAGAAGUGUUAAAUGUAUAAAAGUGAAAAUGAUUUUAUCAACUGUUAAUAAACCAAUGUGUGAACUUA